AUCCAGGGGCACUGCUCACCUGGCUCUCCUGGGCACAUUCUUGAGUUUCCAGCUGGGAGCUCUGGAAAUGCAAAGCCUCGACUCAGUCCAAGAAAAGGGAGAUCCAUCUGGGAUGGAGGAGCAGGCCAUGGCUCAUACGACCCUCUCUCCAGAAAGACCCCCUCCAGCAGAAUCCCACAGCCCCACCAGGGUAUUUGGGGCUAUCCUCUCCAUUACGUUGGCCUGUGGAAUUAUCUGCAUCACGGUGGCAGCUACUGUCAGCUUCACCCAGGCUUCGCCCAAGCCUCUUUUGCAGGUAAUGCGAUUAAACUUCCAGAAUCGCCCGGGAUCCUCAAUGAACCAGUCAGUGGUGGUCAGCAAGGCGAAGAACACCAUCACCUACUACAUCACGUCUUCUAGCAACCAAACCACCGCCAUCUUGUUCGACUGCAAGAAUGGCUACGUCUGCUAUAAGCUGUCGGGGCACAGCAACUGCUACCUGAAGAGGAUGAAUGCCCAGGAUCAGGAGGUUGCCCAGGCCUCCUUCAACCUAUCAAAGCACAAGGAGGAUCCACCACUGCUUCCCAGCCACGGUUCCCAAUACUACCGUGAAUUCCUGGGGGUCGUGCCAGGGAGCAUGGUCCAGCCAGCGGAGGCCGGCGAGGCUGCCCGAGCCCUGUGCGAGGUGCCCAUCCGCUGGGUGAAGAAGAAAGACGAUCCUCCAAAGCAGAGGCUCAUCUACCUGUGCAUUGAUAUCUGCUUCCCAAACAACAUCUGUGUCUCCAUCUGUUUCUACUAUCUUCCUGAGUGAAGCUCCAAAGAGACCGACUUCCGUGCUUCGGCUCGGCUGU